UUACCAUAUGACGCGGCCAACUUUGGAUGUCAACCUUACACCAAGCGAGAGAGAGAGCUGCUUCAUCAAUACAUCAAUGACGUCAGUCAUCACUCUCACACUUAAGCUCGUAACCUGAUUAGCUGAGGAGCGGAAACCUCCAUAGAUUUGUAUAAUUAUAUUUCUGUACAUAUUUUCAUCCCAAAGAUGUCCUCCGACGACACCUCUUCCACUUCCCUCACCAUCCCCACCGUCCCACUCCUCCGCCCCCGGCGGCCGUCCAACGCCGCCUCGGACCGCCCUUCGGCGCUCUCACUUCUGCUGUCACAUGCCGCCUCCACCACCCAGCGGCGCGGCGGCGCCUCUAUGGUGGUCCGGGAGACCGCCGCCCGCGAGCUGGAGGAGCGCCGCGCCGAUUGGGGCUACUCGAAGCCUGUUGUGGCCCUCGACAUCAUGUGGAAUAUGGCUUUCGUGAUUGUGUCCGUGAUUAUGCUGAUUUGCACAGCCAAGGAGAAGCCCCAUGUGCCUAUUAGGGUUUGGGUAUGCGGGUAUGCCCUCCAGUGUCUGGUACACGUAGUCCUAGUUUGGGUGGAGUACAAUAGGCGGAAUUCCGGGCAAGAAGGGAACAUACUUGGCGGCGGGAGUAGAGAGGAUGAAUUUCAGAGUGAGGAUGAUGAAGGGAAUGAUGUCAGAAGCGGGCUCAUUGGUAACUCUAAUGCCUCUAGUAGGGUAAAACGAUGUGAAUCUGUGAACACAGUGAUCUCUUUUCUAUGGUGGAUAGUUGGCUUCUACUGGGUGGUUUCUGGCGGUGAAGCUCUUUUAACAGGUGCUCCACUAGAAACAGAGUACGUGUAUCACAAGAAAGCUGGCUCAAACAGCUGCUAUGAACAUUACGUACAGUUGGCUGUGGUAUUCUUGGCGUUUGAUGUAAUAUUUGCCAUAUUUUGUGUUGCCUUAGCAUGUCUUAUCGGGAUAGCCCUUUGCUGCUGCUUGCCUUGCAUCAUUGCAAUUCUUUAUGCUAUUGCUGGCCAGGAAGGUGCAUCAGAGGCCGACUUAAGCAUCCUUCCCAAGUACAAAUUUCAAGCUUCCAAGGACGAAGAAAGAGUUGACUUUGCAGCUGGCACUAUGGUUCCUAUAGAAACUAGUGGUGGGUACAUGCCCAACGAGCGAAUUCUUUCUCCUGAAGAUGCAGAAUGCUGUAUAUGUCUCUGUACAUACGAGGAUGGGACUGAAUUGCAUGCUCUUCCAUGUACCCAUCAUUUUCACUCGACAUGCAUUGUAAAAUGGCUUAAGAUGAAUGCCACAUGCCCGCUCUGCAAGUACAGCAUCCUCAAGGGGAAUGAUCAAGUUUAAGUGAAGAAAAUCACGCCUGUUGGUUGUGAUAUUUUGCUUCGACCAUGUUUUUGUUUGGAUUUUUGUGAAAUUCAGUGCCUUAAUGCCGUUGGUUACCUUUAUACUUGUGGUAAUAAAGUGGGAGUAUCUUUCCUGUAUAUGGUAAUCGUCUCGGCUAAGCUUUUUAUGAUCAGUCUUGCUUCCUCAUAUAAAUCUU